CCUGCCUCCCUGCGUCCUGUCAUUAGGGGGCGGGGCGUGACGUCACCCGGCGCUGUCGCAUUGGCGGCUACAUUCGGGCAUUGGGACUGGGGGACAUGAGCCCCCCUGGUGUCACCGCACACGUACCCUUAUUAUUGACGCCGCGGUAACGUAGCAGACAAGUGCAACCGAUAGAGGAGGAGGAGGGGGCGGCAGCUGUCAGCGCUCACCAGUGACGCCCCCGGCACCUUUCUCGUUGCAGUGAUGGGAGAUCAUGCGCAGCCCGCAGCGGCCUCGGCUCCCUAUUUACACAACGGGUUCCAUCCACCCGGUGCCCCGUUAUUACUCGGUAACGGAGAGAGCAGCGAUCAUGGAGGCCUGCACCAGCGAUCGCCCCCGGAUCCUCUGCAUCAAGGCUCCCCCGCCAAGAAGAGCAGAACCCGGAGGAGGGUGGACUCGGGCAGGAGGAGUAGACCCCCCUUCCCAUGGUUUGGAAUGGACAUUGGAGGAACACUGUGGAAAACCUGUUACUUUGAGCCUAAAGAUAUCACGGCAGAAGAAGAACAAGAAGAAGUGGAAAACCUGAAAAGCAUAAGAAAAUACUUGACUUCCAAUACAGCGUACGGUAAAACAGGCAUCCGAGACGUCCAUCUGGAACUGAAAAACUUGACCAUGUGCGGCCGUAAGGGCAAUUUGCACUUUAUCCGCUUUCCCACGUGUGCUAUGCACAGGUUCAUCCAGAUGGGGAGCGAGAAAAACUUCUCCAGCCUGCACACUACACUAUGUGCCACCGGAGGUGGGGCCUACAAGUUUGAAGAGGACUUCAGGACGAUAGCUGACCUUCAGCUCCAUAAACUUGAUGAACUGGACUGCCUGAUCCAAGGCCUGCUCUAUGUGGAUUCUGUUGGCUUUAAUGGCCGCCCAGAAUGCUACUACUUUGACAACCCAACGGACCCAGAACAAUGUCAGAAGAAGCCGUAUUGCCUUGAUAAUCCUUAUCCUAUGUUGCUGGUUAAUAUAGGUUCAGGUGUCAGCAUUCUUGCAGUAUAUUCUAAAGACAACUAUAAAAGAGUAACUGGGACCAGUUUGGGAGGCGGAACAUUCCUUGGCCUCUGCUGCUUGCUGACCGGUUGUGAAACAUUUGAGGAAGCUUUGGAAAUGGCAGCAAAAGGAGACAGCACUAAUGUUGAUAAGCUGGUGAAAGACAUCUAUGGUGGGGACUAUGAGCGCUUCAGUCUUCAGGGCUCGGCUGUCGCCUCUAGCUUUGGCCACAUGAUGAGCAAAGAGAAAAGAGACACCAUAAGUAAGGAGGAUUUGGCAAGAGCUACGCUGGUUACCAUUACCAACAACAUAGGAUCUAUUGCUCGUAUGUGCGCUGUCAAUGAGAACAUUGACAGAGUGUUGUUUGUUGGAAACUUUCUGCGAAUCAACAUGGUUUCAAUGAAGGUGCUGUCUUAUGCAAUGGAUUACUGGUCAAAAGGACAACUAAAAGCCCUAUUUUUGGAACAUGAGGGUUACUUUGGAGCAGUGGGCGCCCUGCUGGAGCUUUUCAAGAUGAGUGACGAUCACUGAAAGACACUAAUGUUAGCGCUUCUCAAAGCCAUUGUCUGAGAAGAUCCUUCAAAGCUUCCAGGAGACGCGUGAAGCCAUUUCACACCUCUAUGUUAUAACCUGUAAAUAGUUAAAGACUCCUUUUGAAGUGACACUGACAGACUGUACAUAUACCUGUAAAUUUUACUGUAAAAGAAAACAAACUGUGCAACAUGGCCAAACGUACUGUAGUGAUCGAGAACUAAUUUUAAUGCAGUAAUUCUUUUUAUUUAUUUUAUGUGUAUAGCUUUUUAUCUGUCCUGUGUGAAGGGCCGCUGCUGUGAACCUACAUCGGAGAUUUAUGAUUUUACGUCUGUUAAGGUGGUUUGAAGAAACAUCUGUCAUUUUAAAAGCUAAUAUUUCCCAUGUGGGACUAUGGAAUAAAACAAGUGAAUGU